GUUUCUCUUUCCCAUCCCCAGACGAACAUGGGUUCAUGCCUCCUUGUCAUCCUGCUCAGCAGCUGCCUGACAUGCCUCACAGCCACCAGUAUGACCACAAGUAAGGCAGUGCUAUCCUGGAUGGAUUCUCCUUGGCCCACAAGUUCUGUGAAAAUUAACAGGACACGACCAAGUAAUGGGAAGCCCACGACUCCAGUCCUUCGUAAUGCUACUUCUCCAACAGUAUCUCCAACUGUGGUACAGAACCAUACUACUCCUAAAGCCACUGAACUCCCUCCUGCUACAACCUUCAGGUCACGAGCCACAGAGGCUACAACUUCAAAGGCAACAACGCUCACUUCUGGGACCAUCUUCUUUCCACCAAAUGAGACAUCUUCAGUUUCAAAUGUGACUGCUUUAGACCCAGACCUGGUGCCUGUGGAACCCAAUGCCACAACUGCUGUACUCACUUCCAACGCCUUUGACACCUCAACUGAGAUAACAAAAAACCCAGAUGACACCAGACCAGAUGAGACACCCAUCAUAGCUGUAAUGGUGGCACUAUCAUCCUUGCUAGUCAUAGUAUUUAUUAUUAUUAUCUUGUACAUGUUAAGAUUCAAAAAAUACAAGCAAGCUGGGAGUCAUUCAAACUCCUUUCACUUGUCCAAUGGCCGGACAGAUGACAUGGAGCCCCAGAGCAUGCCUUUGCUUGCCAGAUCUCCCAGUACCAACAGAAAGUACCCACCACUGCCUGUUGAUAAACUGGAGGAGGAGAUUAAUCGGCGGAUGGCAGAUGACAACAAACUCUUCCGCGAGGAAUUCAACGCUCUUCCAGCAUGUCCUAUCCAGGCAACCUGUGAAGCAGCUUCUAAGGAAGAAAACAAAGAGAAGAAUAGAUAUGUGAACAUCUUGCCUUAUGAUCACUCCAGGGUUCAUCUGACUCCUCUUGAAGGAGUUCCUGAUUCUGAUUACAUCAAUGCCUCAUUCAUUAACGGGUACCAAGAGAAGAACAAGUUUGUUGCUGCCCAAGGACCAAAAGAAGAGACUGUGAAUGACUUCUGGAGAAUGAUUUGGGAGCAAAACACAGCAACCAUCGUCAUGGUGACCAACCUGAAAGAGAGGAAAGAGUGUAAAUGUGCUCAGUACUGGCCAGAUCAAGGCUGCUGGACAUACGGAAAUAUCAGAGUGUCAGUGGAAGAUGUGACCGUCCUAGUUGACUACACAGUACGGAAAUUCUGCAUUCAGCAGGUAGGCGAUGUCACCAACAAAAAACCUCAGCGUCUGGUAACACAAUUCCACUUCACCAGCUGGCCCGAUUUCGGGGUUCCCUUCACUCCCAUUGGGAUGCUGAAGUUCCUGAAGAAGGUGAAGACGUGUAACCCCCAGUACGCAGGGCCUAUUGUUGUCCACUGCAGUGCCGGUGUGGGGCGAACAGGAACUUUUGUUGUCAUUGAUGCCAUGCUGGACAUGAUGCACACCGAAAGGAAGGUGGAUGUGUAUGGAUUUGUCAGCCGCAUCCGAGCACAGCGCUGCCAGAUGGUACAGACUGAUAUGCAGUAUGUGUUCAUCUACCAAGCUCUGUUGGAACAUUAUUUGUAUGGGGACACAGAACUAGAGGUCACCUCACUGGAGACUCACCUCCAGAAGAUUUAUAACAAAAUCCCAGGGACCAGUAGCAAUGGACUGGAGGAAGAGUUUAAGAAACUAACCUCAAUCAAAAUUCAAAACGACAAAAUGAGGACAGGCAAUUUGCCGGCCAACAUGAAGAAAAACCGGGUGCUGCAGAUCAUUCCAUAUGAAUUUAACCGGGUGAUAAUUCCAGUGAAGCGAGGCGAAGAGAACACGGAUUACGUGAACGCUUCCUUUAUUGAUGGCUAUCGCCAGAAGGAUUCUUACAUAGCCAGCCAAGGUCCGCUCCAGCACACAAUAGAGGACUUCUGGCGAAUGAUCUGGGAGUGGAAGUCCUGCUCCAUUGUUAUGUUGACAGAGCUGGAAGAGAGGGGUCAGGAAAAAUGUGCUCAGUACUGGCCUUCUGAUGCCUCUGUAUCCUAUGGCGAUAUCACUGUGGAGUUGAAGAAAGAGGAGGAGUGUGAGAGCUACACAGUGCGGGACCUGCUGGUGACGAAUACCAGGGAAAACAAAAGCCGACAGAUCCGACAGUUCCACUUCCACGGCUGGCCGGAGGUGGGCAUCCCCACCGAUGGAAAAGGAAUGAUUAACAUAAUUGCCGCUGUGCAGAAGCAGCAACAGCAGUCUGGAAACCAUCCCAUCACUGUACACUGCAGUGCUGGAGCAGGACGAACAGGGACCUUUUGUGCAUUGGGCACUGUCCUGGAAAGGGUCAAGGCUGAAGGGAUUCUGGAUGUCUUUCAGACAGUGAAGAGCUUGAGGUUACAAAGGCCGCAUAUGGUCCAAACACUGGAACAGUAUGAAUUCUGCUACAAGGUGGUUCAGGAAUAUAUUGACGCCUUUUCAGACUACGCCAACUUCAAGUAACGAAAAUCACACAACAGAAGAGUUGCCUUCUUUAAUACUUUGUAAUAUUCUGUUUGUUAAUAUCCCCCUACCCCCCAAAGUGUAUAUAUCUUAACUGUUCUAGAGGGUUGGUACCAUAAGAUUACUAUUAGCUGGAGAUUUUAUAUGUAGCAAAAGUGUUAGAAAGAGAUUGUAGGCACUUUUUUUUCCAAUGUUUUAUUGGAGAAUUAAAUAGCUUGAUAUUUGGAUUAAUACUGUCAAAUCUCUCUCCUGGAGAGUUGAUGUAGGCUGGUUUUGUUUUGUAAAUUUUUUUUUCCUUGAGAGGGAGUAAAGCCUUUAUAAAAACCAAAUGAGAUUCUUCAUAUCCGCUGUUUCUUUGAAAACAAAAUAGUGGCUCUUAAAUCCUAUUUUUAAGAAAAGCUUCGUUUGUCAACCCCUUGAAAAGUGAUUUCAUAUUUUCCAGUUGGUUUGUUUUUUAAAGUAUAUUUAUCAAAGGCUUUGAAUAAGAAAAGAAGAGCUGUCUAUCAUUCUAGUAGCCCUCUGUACAGCAUGCAUGCACAUGCGCACACACAAACUCCAGGCACCUUGGAACCCAGUGCGACUCUAGCUGCUGUUUGGGCGGCUGACUCCUUCACGUGGAGUGCCCCAGUGUUCGGCAUUUCUGGGGAUGAGGAGAGCAUUGAGCAUUUCAUCCCUUUUAGCUAAGCCACAAAAAUGUUUUGAUUGUUUACGGAUAGCAAAUGCAGGCACUGUUUGAUUUCUCAUUUGCUCUCACUUCUAACCAGCAACCUU